UACCGUUUUCUAACAGUUCAUUAAUAUAUCAAAUUGAAAAACAUAAAAAUAAAACUUCUGCGUUAUUAAAUUAAGAAUGCAACCUUUAAGAAAAAAGGUCACGAAGCAAUAGUAGUUAACGAUGAUUUAACACUAAAAUCAAUUAAAUCUUUGAAGAUAGAAGCAGCCCCAGGCAAAAUCCAGUACGUGGGGACCCCUUUCGGUCCCCUGGAGCGAAACGUGCCCGAAGCUUCGCAUGAUUCGCGCAAAGGAUGGAAAGCAAAGCAACCAUUUCGAUUCAGGAUGGAACUCCGGUACCGGGACCCACUCUGAGGCCUGGUAGGCAGGUAAGUCGGCACGGAUGGCUGGCUGGCUUGCUUGGAGGAGUUGCAGGAGAGUGCCAUGGUAGAGGGGCUUCCCUGGCUGUGGCUGCCGCUUGCGGGCACGAACCGCGCUACCGCCGUCAGCAGGCAGUCUUAUUACGCCCGCACUCAACUACGCGAACUAAGUACUCUUCUUAGGCCGGGCAAACAUUUGAAUAACAAUCGCGAGUUAGCUUAUCACGCGAAUCAAACGUACGUACUUUGAACGGUGUUCAUUGUACUGCACGUAUCAUUUAAGUCUUGUAGUACGAGGCAGGGGUACACAGAUUUUCCGCAUGGACACGCACGUUCGAUCGUGCCGACAAGGACUCGCGUUUCAAACAGACGGAACCAAUCUUGAAAUAAGUUAGUCAAACGAGCUGAGAGGCGGUGAAGAUCCCUUGAGUUCGAUUGGUCGGCCAAGACCUGCUGCUCGGUCAGAGCUUCUUGUCGGAGGUUGGAAUCGGUCGACGAUACUAUCUCGAUCAUUGACGCGUUCCGAGAUACCGGUCAGUGUGAAGACUGCUUAAUAGCGAGGAACAUGUGCAACCAGGGAAUAGUGGCGAGGCUGAUGUUGCCGGGGAACGACGAGCUAUACUGUGACCACUCUGUUCUCCACGAAUCCUGACUGAUUCCAUCUUCGUAUCACCAGCUGACUAUCGACCGGGCCGAAGUUGAAUCGCGACGCGGUGAAUAUAAUAUUUGUUCGAAAGUUUGUACGGGUGAAAAUCGUGAUACGACGGACUUUAAUACAAAGUGUUGGUUCGAGUUAACGCGUACGGUGUACAGAAACGAGUCUUUGGCAAAAGAGAGCCGGUAUGUACGCGAAAUUACACGUUUUCACGUACAUUCGGUACGCUAUGAACAUCAACCUUCUCGGAUCUAACGGGUGCUUCUUAACUAGAUGCGUAUCGACGAACUGAAGGAUGUUCGCUAGACUCUGCAGACAGGCUCCGAAUGGGGACCUGAAGAGACGGCACUCUUGGAGCAGCGAGGUCGACUACCAGCCAGCGGAAACGGAAGCUGUAGCGACCCCGGAAGAAGAUCCCGCUGCCCCGUCCCCAGAAGAGGAGGACAGAACCUCUUACAAGGAACAUGGCUGUUCGGUGCAGACGGUGGACCUGGUGGCGGACUGUCCUUUGCAGGUGGUGACACCGGCGUCGAGGUCACCGUCACCACCCAGAUCGGCGACGCCUGCGACGCCCUCCACGCCCCUCGCACCGCCGAAGAGCAUGGGGCAACGGUCAAGCACCCUCUUGCGCCCCAAGAUCUCUUUGACCUGGGUCCUCCGUGGACAACAGCAACCUGCGUCCACCAAUAAUCAGACGACUAUCAAUGGGAAUACAGGUGGGAACGACGAUCGGGAGAGCUUGUCACGAGAUGGUAAAGAGAGGUCCUCCAGGAGGAGCGUUAAGAGCGUGAAGGAAAAGGAUGCUGGCAAGGAGAACUUGGAUACUGAGAAACGAGAAAAGAAGAUUCUCCAUAGGAUCGAGAAGAUUGAGAGGACAGAAAAGUCUAUCGGCAAGGAGGUGCUGGUGAACGAGAGGUCUCUCGACAGCCCUUUGGACAAGCAAUCCGAGAAGGGAUUUCCCGGAUUGAAAGACACAAAAGAAAAGGAGAAAGUUAAGAGGGCAGUGUCCGAACCGUCUCUCGUGUCUCGGGAGUCAACGUCCACGCCGAGUGGUCGUGAGAAGCACAGACAUCGGAGGACCAAACGUUCUCACAAGCCUAGACCUCCUAGCAGGUUCGGUUACGAAAUUGCGGACCUCGAUGCGUUUCUCACGAAGGCCUCGAUAGAGAAACCCGCCAACAUUCCCGUGGUUCUGUCCUUCCCAUCUGUCCUGUACCAAACCCAAGGAGGUACUCAAGACGAGAUGGCUCUACCACUUGGAACAGUGGUGAAUGCUGUAUUCAAGAACCAGACCUGGUUGUACGUUCAAACUCCCCAUGGACAAGAAGGAUACGUUGGGUAUGCUGCGUGCCUACCACUUGGAAUCUUACCGCAACCAACGCGGGGUCCAUGCUGGGAGGAUUCAACGGAUGUAUUUCCUCGUCCUCUAGGUAACAUGACCGACACUGAGAAAUUAAGGGACACCCGAUCAGAGUGCGGGGCUCGUGGUAGAAAUCCAAGAGUAAGACGAAGUUCCAGAGACGCGGUUUCAGCCUGUGGAGAACGCAGCGUUGAUAGAUUGUAUCUUAGAGCCGCGGCAAACGCUAGAACCAAAGGAUCCCGUCAUACUUUACUCGUGAUACGCAGCGACUAUGAAGGCCAAGGUGGAAACGCUCUGAGCGUUUCUAAAGGUGACGUCGUUGCUCUGCUUAGCGAUCACGUAAGCGACUGGUUCUGGGUUCGUUCGCGGGACGGCAGAGAGGGCUUCAUACCUGCUGUGAUCGCAGGUCACGGCUUUCUUUAACUAUAGUCCUCUAGGAUUUAUGAAUACAUUGUUCAAUGUAUGUAAGAGACUGUCGCAUUACAAGGAGCCAUGAUUAACGAACGGAUACUUGUAUAUUUGUAAAAAGUUUUAUACUAUAUUUUAUAAAAUGCAUAUUGUAUUAAUA